CUCUCAGCAGCAGCAAGCAGUCUGCCUCGCUAGUAAAUGGAUUAUACCGUCUCCCUCCAAGUGCAGCAUCAGUUAAAGGUGUUCCCUACUUACCUGUACCAGGACUACAGUUUGGAAUUACAGAUGAAGUCUACAGAAGUGGAGCAGGAACUGUUUACUGACAGCUACUGCAAAGUGUGCAGCGCCCAGCUUAUCUCCGAGUCCCAGAGAGUCGCCCACUAUGAGAGUCGGAAGCAUGCCAACAAAGUCCGUCUGUUUUACAUGCUGCAUCCAGUCGACGGGGGCUGUCCUGCGAAGAGACUCCGGACGGACAAUGGAAGCGAGGACGGAGAUGUGGACAAGAACAAAUGUUGCACGCUCUGCAACAUGUCGUUUACAUCAGCAGUGGUGGCCCAGUCUCAUUACCAGGGAAAAAUCCACGCCAAGAGGCUAAAGAUACUGCUAGGGGAACCGCCUGCCAUAACAAAAGAGGUGCCCCCCAGUCCGGUGAAGACCCCAGAGAUCAUGCCGGUGGUCACUUCACCCCGGCAGCGGCGAGACUCUGAUCGGUAUUGCCAGCUCUGCAACGCCUGGUUCAACAACCCGGGCAUGGCACAGCAGCACUACGAUGGCAAGAAGCACAAGAAGAACGCAGCGCGGGCGGACCUGCUGGAGCAGCUGGGCAAGACAAUAGACCUGGGGGAGCUCAAAGCUCUGAAACGCAGUUACACCUGUGAUGUCUGCAGUGUGACGCUAAACUCAGUAGACCAGUACCAUGCACACCUGCAGGGGUCCAAGCACCAGAACAACCUAAAGAGCCUGGUAUGAGUCGUUGCAGUAGAAGAACGAAAGGAAGGAUCAUCUUCGACUGGGUGAUAAAGCUAGACCCGGGACCACCAGGAACCUCGUGCGCGUGCGUGCGUGUGCGUGUGCGUGUGCGUGUGUGUGCUCCCCAGCAAAGAAAACUACGUUCCGGAUUUCACUUUCGAAGCACAUCUGAACUACCAGCCAGGCACUCCCUCCUGUUUUGGGAUCUUGUUUUUCCCGGAUCCUCAAUAACCCCGGAUCUAGCCUUUGCCAGUCACGGAUUUAAGCUUUGCCCUUGAGCACCGCUGGGACCAACAGUGAAUUUCAGUACGGCCCAGCUUUUGAGGCAGAACACAGAAGACUUUUGCUAGAGGCAAGCCAACCGCCACCUCUCUGGAUACCCGUUUUGAUCAGGCCAUUAAUGUGUUGGCUAAUACUUUACAUUAAGCGGUCCAGAUUCAAUACAGUAUUUAUCAGAUAUUAUAUGAUUUGAAUCGAUCAGUUUUUUUGAUCCGAGUGUGUUCCUUUUAUUGUGUAAUAAUACUGCUACUACAACUACUAACCCUAAUACUUUUAAACCUGUAUCAACUUUAGAAAUGUCGCUUGUUUUCAGUCUAUCAGCAAAUCGUCUUUGCACAUUUUCUAUCUUUCAACAAAGCCGGUUUGCUGGUUAUUUUUAGAGGCUGGCAAAAGUGAUUUUAGCUGAACAAGUGGUUGAUCAAUAUGUAAUCUAUAAUUGUGUAAAAUGAUGUUCCACACAACAAAUAUUUUAAAUAUUCAAAUAUUAAUUGCACAAAGUCAAAUAUUAUUUGAAAAUAUUUUUAAAAAUUGCAGAAAACAUUGUAGCGUUGUCACGUUUGAAUUGUCAUCAUAUAUAUUUGUAUGUCAUAAAAAAACAUUGCUGAGAUCUACCUAUAAAAUAACUACAUACAUUGUGAAAUCCAUGCUAACAGUGAAAAAAAAAAAACUGCUGUGCAAAAAGACAAAGCAGUUCUUCCUGUUUUUGAGGAUCUGAGCACGACUGUUCAUGAGACACGUUUCAUAUUGCAGUAUGCAGAUAUUUCUUUUGUAAGAAGCUGUGUCCUCCAGCUGUUAUUGAGUCUUUGUUUCCCCAGCGCAUCACACUGUGAAUAGCAACAAGUCAAAUAGAUAUGCGUUUCAUUAAUGCCUUCAUUGGUGUAUUUAGAGAUAUUGUACUGUAGUUACCUAUUCUUGGUACAGUAGUUCGUUUAGGGAGUCGUUAACCAAUUAGCUGCUUCCCCUAUUAACUUGUAUGCUUUCAGCCAGUAACAUGCUUUGAGCCAGAAGACACUGUUGAAUAAAAUGACCAACAGCAUCUCCAAUAACCGAAGAACUUUUCACCUAGUGAACCAAUUUUUGCUACAAUAUGUGUUUCUUUCAAAACUGCACAUUUGAAAGCUGUGUAGCUAAUUGAAGUGUAUUUUAUUGGGUACGGUACCUUUACCUCUCUAGUAAACUGUCUAAAUCCUAUACUACACUGUAACUAUUGGUAUGUAUUUCCUCAUCUAUAGUCAGUUGUCAUUCUGCUGUUUUUUUCUUCAUUUUUUUUUUGUUUGCUCCUAACACCACAUCAAAUCCCAUCGAAACGUGUAUCAUUUCAGCCGUCAUCUCAUUGUAAUCUUCAGCAUCAUUUUGUCUCCUAAGGACUGCAUUUAAUGAAAGCUGCAUCGAGAAGUCUCUUUAUAAUACAUUUUAUGGAAAUGGCAAGACUGCUUUGAUGAAAGACAUAACACAGUGUCCUUGGGACUAUAUUGAAUUACUGGGUCUUUUAAUACCUAGAUUCCCACGCAGGGAAAACAGCAUUUACUUGGCAAGUUUGACAGCUGCUAUGACAGAUUAGCCCUAUGAAAAUAAGUGCAUUGUUCUACAUUUUAAUAUAAUCGCACUUCUUUGAACUUGCACAGAAAGCUGUGCGGUAAUGAAUUUGCUCCGGUUUCUAACACAGAAAUAGAUUGAAGUUGUUAAUCCAAAUAAUCUACAUAACAAAAUGCAUAUUUUCACUGCAAGGCACCACAACAGCAGUUUGAAUGUAAGUGCAAAGGUAAGAACGUGAAUGGGUUAAAUAUAUGGUAUGUAAAUUAGCCAGAUAGCGUGCAUGUAGAUUAAUGCGUUCUCUGUUAGUAAAUGGGACAGUAGAUUUAGAUUUAUGGUGCACGCUAGGCUUACUGCUUAAUGUGCACGUUACAGCAUUACACGUCAUGUAAGUUAUUUUCAUAUAACUGGAAUCCAGACGCUAGAUAUUCAAAAGUCCCUUGAAAUUCUUCAGCAAAGAACUUAAAAUGGACAGCCUUGUCAGCUGUGUGUAAUCAAAUAGAUAUAUUCAAGCCUUUGUAUCUUUUUUCCAUUAACGUUGCAUCACAGUUUUACAAAAAAAUUAAAUAAAAAGGGCUGUGUCUCCUUCCAGCAGCUGGUGAAAUGAAUCACAGUUGCUUAUAUACAUCAAGAAAACAGAUUAUGGUGUGUCCUGGUCCCAGUUAUUCAUUGUUUUUGAUUCAAUUUCCGCUAACACUCUCCACACUUUUAGGGAUAUAUAAAAUGAGGGGGUAAAUAGGCCAAGGCAUCCAAAUGCUAUCAUAUA